AUGACUUUGUUGAAAAGACAUGGAUACUGGAUAGUGUUUUAUGACUUGAUGCGUAACGGCCCUUUGUGUCCUUUUGUUCAAUCAAAGUCAAUACUAGGCUCUGCUGUACUAAAAGGCUCUAAGACGGAGGCGGCAACUUUCAAGGCGGCGAACGUAGAGAAUCUUACCUCCUUCUACGUUUCUAACCUUCCAGGUGAUGCAUUAAAUAAGGAGAUUUGGAAAUCUUGUGCUUCGUUGGAAAAUCUUUCAGAUAUCUACAUUGCGGGGAGGAGGGACUCUUCGGGUUCCUUCUUCGCUUUGUUCAAAUUCGCCACUGUAAAAGAUAAGAAGGAGAUCGACAACAUUGUUAAGGGACUCAAUGAAAUUACUUGCAGAGGUAGGAAGUUGGUUGCUAACUGUGCGAUUCAUCCCAAGCGGGCAUAUCAUGUCACGUCCAGGCGAUCCUCAGUCAUUGCUCCUAGGGUGUUCAAACCAGCCCCUAGAGGAACAAGAUCUUUUGCUGAAGUUACAAAAGGAAUGACGGAAGUGGCUAAGAUGGUUGCAGCUAGUUUGGAGGGGAUUUCGGAAGUUCUCAAAUGGGCUGACAAAUCGGUUUUGGUGGGAGAAGUUAGGAAUUACGAAUUAAUUUGUAACUUUCCUACUUUGUUGGACCUUGAAGGUUAUGAUGUUUUGGAGGUAAAGUAUAUAAGGGUAAUGCAGGUCGCUGUCAAAUUCAGGUCUGAAAGGUCAGUGGAGGUUUUCAAGGCCAAUAAAUGUAUUUGGCUGAAGUGGUUCAUUUGGGUUGAUUUGUUUGGGAAGGUUCGUUCAAGUCCUGGCAGAAUUGCGUGGAUUAAAAUUGUCGGGGUACCGAUUCCGGCUUGGGAUGAGUCUAACUUCGCAGCCAUAGCCGAGUCUUUUGGAAAAGUUUUGGUCAAUGUUGCCCCAUUCUGGAACUGUUCCGAUGUUUCCAGUGGGAAGCUUUGUAUACUUACUCACAGUUUGAAAAGGAUCAACGAGGAAAUUCCGAUAUCUUUUGUGGGGGUUAUUCAAUCUGUAAGAGUUUAUGAGGUCGAUGAUGAUUGGGUUCCAUUCCGACCCUCCUCUCAUUCAUCUUCCGACGAGUCUGAGGAGGAAUCUGAUGAUGGUGAUGAAUUUUCCGUCUCGUCUGAUAAGGUCAUCCUAGAGGAAGGUAAAUUCGUCCCUAGUUUGGGUAGCGGUGGGGCGGUGGCGAACGAACCUCCAGUGGUUGACAAAGAGGGGAUACUCAAAAAGCUGUGUGUGGAUGUGCAUGAAGGAAACAAGGAGGUGCAUGGGUUCGAUGGGGCGUUGCCUCAUGAUGACGUGGUUCUCGAGACCGCCUUGGAAAUUAAUGGGAGAAUUAACUCCACUUGUGGUUUGGAUCUGGGCGAGAAAGGCGGGUCAGCCGACACAAAUUGGGCCAAAUAUGUUGAACUCCCUCACACUCCUAGGCGUAAUGAUGAAGCGAUCAGUCCAGAUUUCGAAAUGGGAGGUUCUGGGCUCAAAAGAAGGAGAACCAAAUUAAAAGCUUUGUUUUCUUCCUUUGACUCAAGAGUUCGACUUAGAGUUUCCAGGAGCUCUCCUCAUGAUAACUCGCUUGAUCUUAACAGAAGAACUCCUCAAUCUCCAAGCAAUUAUGUGCGUAAUGAUGGUGUUGGUGUCAAUUCUACGGGUAACCCUAAUUCACCUUCUCUUUCUUCUUCUUCUAUGGAGGUGGAUCAAACAAUCGAGGUGGGGAAACAAGUGGGAUUCCAGAUUGCUCGUGGGAAUCCGACGCUUAAGGAGACUCUCUGUGGUGGAGGUGUAAAACCAGGCUUAGAAGAGAACUCAGUUUCUCCAUUUGUGGGUUGCAAGAGACCCGGGUCUCUUCUCUACCGGUCGGAAUCGAUAGGUGGUGGGGCUCAUGCAGCGUGGGUAUUGAUUCCGUUAAAUCAAAUGGCCUUUCUGGUGGUUUGA